CCGCCGCCGCCCCGCCGCCCCCCCGCCAGCCCAUGCCCGGGGCCGCCGAGCUGGAGGAGAGGUUCGGCCGCGUCCUGAAUUCCAUGAACCUGCCCCCAGACAAGAUGAAACUGCUCAACCAGUACGACAACGAGAAGAAGUGGGAGUUGAUCUGUGACCAGGAACGUUUCCAGGUGAAAAACCCUCCGUCCGCCUACAUCCAGAAGCUGAAGAGCUACUUGGACACAGGUGGUGUCAGCAGGAAGUUCAAGAGGCGAGUGCAGGAGUCCACGCAGGUGCUCAGGGAGCUGGAGAUUUCCUUGAGGACCAACUACAUCGGCUGGGUCCAGGAGUUCCUCAACGAGGAGAACAAGGGGCUGGACGUGCUGCUGCAGUACCUCGCCUUCGCCCAGUGCUCUGUCGCGUAUGACAUGGAGAGCGCAGAUAACAGCAGCCCCGGCUCCGACAAGGGCAAGGAGCAGUCGCUGGAGGACCUGAACAAAAGCACCUCCUCGUCCCCCACCCAGGGCUCCUCCAAACCGCGGCCCCUCACUGUAAGCUGCUGCCUCUCGAACCAGCACAUCCACACCCUCCUCCGCCACGUCCGCCCCAGCGCCCCCUGCGGUGCCCCGGGCAGCGAUGGGGACAGUGCCCCCAGGUCACCCGGCAGCUCCUGCCCGCCCCGGCUGAACCCCUCGCACAGCAGGAAGACGCUGCGCAACUCCCGCCUCGUCAGCCAGAAGGACGAUGUCCACGUCUGCAUCAUGUGCCUCCGCGCCAUCAUGAACUACCAGUCUGGCUUCAGUCUGGUGAUGAACCACCCAGCCUGUGUCAACGAGAUCACCCUGAGCCUCAACAACAAGAACGCCAGGACCAAGGCCCUGGUGCUGGAGCUCCUGGCUGCUGUUUGCCUGGUCCGAGGUGGCCACGACAUCAUCCUGGCUGCCUUCGACAACUUCAAGGAGGUGUGCGGGGAGAAGAACCGCUUUGAGAAGCUGAUGGAGUAUUUCCGAAACGAGGACACCAACAUCGACUUCAUGGUGGCCUGCAUGCAGUUCAUCAACAUCGUGGUGCACUCGGUGGAGAACAUGAACUUCCGCGUGUUCCUGCAGUACGAGUUCACCCACCUGGGGCUGGACCAGUACCUGGAGAGCCUGCGCCUCACCGAGAGCGACAAGCUGCAGGUGCAGAUCCAAGCCUACCUGGACAACGUCUUCGAUGUGGGGGCCAUGCUGGAGGACUCGGAGACCAAGACAGCAGUGCUGGAGCACAUGGAGGAGCUGCAGGAGCUCGUCAGCCAGCUGACAGAGAAGCUGCAGGAUGCGGAGAACGACUCCAUGGCCAAGAUAGCAGAGCUGGAGAAGCAGCUGAGCCAGGCACGGCGGGAGCUGGAGGCGCUGCGGGAGCAGCUGAGCCCCCCACGGCCGCCCAGCCCGCCGUCCCCGCGGCCACAGGAGUGCUACCGGCUGGCGCUGGAGCGGCGGCUGGCGGAGCUGGAGGAGAAGGGGCUGGUGCAGAUCCUGCGUGGGCCCGACGGGGACGUCGCCAUCGAGAUCGUCCCCGUUGUCAUAGAAACGCCGGCAGCCCCCGUGGUUGCUGGAGAGGCCACCGCCACUGUCACCACCGUCACCACCGGCACAGAUGCUCCGGCUCUGGCUCCAGCCCCACCUCCCCCACCAGCCCCUGCUGCCCCGCCACCCCCACCCCCUCCACCCCCCCCACCAUUACCAGGGGCUGAGCACGUCCCCCCACCACACCCCGCCCCUCCUCUGCCCACAGCCACCAUCCCCCCCCCAGCCCCUCCACUCCCGGGUGCCCAAGUGCCACCACCCCCCCCACCGCUCCCAGGGGGGCUGGAGGGCCCUGUCCCCCCCCCUCCACCACCCCCACCCCUCGGGGGGGAGCUCCCAGCCGGGCCUGGUGCCCCCCAGACUGCCAACGGUUCAGUGAAGGUGAAGAAGCCCAUCCAGACCAAGUUCCGCAUGCCCGUCUUCAACUGGGUGGCCCUGAAGCCGAGCCAGAUCGACGGCACCGUGUUCACCGAGCUCAACGACGAGAAGGUGCUGCAGGAGCUGGACAUGAGUGACUUCGAGGAGCAGUUCAAGACCAAGGCACAGGGCCCUGCCCUGGACAUCAGCGCCCUCAAGGCCAAGGCCACCCAGAAGGCCCCCAGCAAGGUGACCCUCAUGGAGUCCAACCGGGCCAAGAACUUGGCCAUCACCCUGCGCAAGGGCGGCCGCAGCGUCCAGGACAUCUGCACUGCCAUCGAGACGUACGACCAGCAAGCCCUGAGCCUCGACUUCCUGGAGCUGCUGCUGCGCUUCCUGCCCACCGAGUACGAGCGGACGCUGAUCGGGAAGUUCGAGCGGGAGCAGCAGCCGCCGGAGGAGCUGUCGGACGAGGACCAGUUCAUGAUCCGCUUCAGCAAGAUCCCACGCCUGGCCGAGCGCAUGAACGUCAUGAUCUUCCUGGGCAACUUCAGCGACACGGCCCAGCUGCUCAUGCCCCAACUCAACGCCAUCAUCGCCGCCUCCAUGUCCCUCAAGUCCUCCAGCAAACUGCGCCACAUCCUCGAGAUUGUCCUGGCCUUCGGGAAUUACAUGAACAGCAGCAAGCGUGGAGCAGCCUACGGCUUCCGCCUGCAGAGCCUCGACGCGCUCCUGGAGAUGAAGUCCACAGACCGCAAGCAGACGCUGCUGCACUACCUGGUGCGGGUGAUCACGGAGAAGUACCCGGAGCUCACGGGCUUCCACACCGAGCUGCACUUCCUCGACAAGGCGGGCACAGUGUCCCUGGACGGGGUCCUGCAGGACGUGCGGAGCCUCCAGCAGGGCAUGGAGCUGACCCGCAGGGAGUUCCUGCGCCAGGACGACAGCCCCGUGCUCAAGGACUUCCUCAAGGUCAACUCAGAGGUGAUGGAGAAGCUGCAGGCUGACAGCAAAACUGCCAAGGAGGCCUAUGAGUCGGCUGUGGAGUAUUUUGGGGAGAACCCCAAGACCAGUCCCCCCACCACCUUCUUCCCCAUGUUCAUGCGCUUCAUCAGAGCCUACAAGAAAGCAGAGCAGGACAUUGAGCUGUGGAAGAAACAAGAGGCUGCGGCCAAGGAGGCAGAAAACAGCCCCACCGAGCAGCAGCCGGAGCUGCCCAUCCAGAAGGCCAAGCGGCAGCAGAUGGACAUGAUUGCUGAGCUCAAGAAGAAGCAGAUGGUGAAGGAGCCUCUCAUCUACGAAGGCAAAGAUGGGGCCAUUGAGGACAUAAUUUCAGAUCUGCGGAACAACCCGUACCGGCGGGGGGACAAGGGCCGCGGCAGCGCCAAGAAGCGGCCGGCGGGGCAGGGCCUGCAGGCCACGCCGGACAUCGCGCUGUGACCGGCGCCGGCCCUGCAGCUCCAGGACCGGGGCAGGACCAUCCUCCCGACGCAGAGGGGACCACAGGAUGCCACCCCACUGUCCCGGGGCUCCGCGGGGGGACAGUGCCCGCUCCGAGCUGCUCCAGCCGCUUCCCGUGCCAGCUCCCCCUGCCCGCCCCGGGCUCUGGCGCAGGGACCCCCCCGUGCUUGCUUGGCGAUGCCCCUGAGCUCCUCUCCCCCAGGCUGCAGGGCUGGGGGACCCUCCUGGGUACGGGCAGGGAUGGGGGAGCACAGAAAGGGCUCCAGCUUGUCCUGGAAGGCAAAGAGGGGCUGCCCCGUCCCUGCCCCGGCGCUGCUCCAUCGCCCGCCCGCCGCGGCACCAGCCCCGCACUGGUGUGUCCCACUCCUCAGCUUGCUGGUGCCUUGGAUUCCCGCUGCGGGAGGGGAGUGGGUGUCACCCGGGACCCGGCGGUCCCCGCACAUCUCCCGCACCUCCCUCGGCCCCGCAGAGCCCCCUGAGAGCCGCGUCCUCCUCCUCUGCUGCAGAGCUCCCACCCCGGGCCCCUCCCGUCCCCCGGGGCCCGGCAGCGGUGCUAUUUUAACAGGGAUUUUCUAAGUCUUCCUUCAAAUUCCUCUGCGCUGCGGGAGCAGGGAAUGCAACACCCACAUGCGGGGUGUCCCCAGGAUCCCAAGGCUGUGCCGAGCAGCAGUUUCCAGGAUCCCAAGGCCGGGCUGUUCCUCGCCGCAGGGGAGGCUCCGGAGCUGCGACAAUCAGCAGCAGGGACAAUCUCUGCGAGGUGCUGACACCUCUGCCCGCCUGCAUCCCCCCAAAUCCACCUCCGCCGUUGGGACUGGAGCCUCUGGGAUCCCCCGUGACCGUCAGCCCGGGGGGCAGGAGCUGCUCCCUGUGCUGGGCAGCCUCCAGCCAACACGAUCCCAAAGGCUGCGGGGUCGCUGCUGCCGCCAGAGAGGCCCCAGAGCUGCACGAGCCUCCCGGUACCGCACCGGACCCGAUCCCUCGAUCCCUCGAUCCCUCGAUCCCUCCUCCCCCGCCCCGCUGCUGCCGAGUGACCCCCAGCCCCGCACUGUGGCAAUUAAACCCCUCAGUGCAUCCACUUCGUUAAACGGCCCCCGCUGCCAGGAUGCGGCUGCACCUCCCUCCUCCUGUCCCUCCUCGCCAGUCCCGGCUUUAGCCCAGCUCAGCCCAGAGCAGCCGCUGCUUCCCGCUGUAUUUAAGCUGCUUCAGCGCCGGCUCCGCGUCACCCGGGGAGGGGUGGGGAAUGAAUGUGUAACUUAUAAAUGCCUUUAAGCCAGAAAUGUAAACCAUUAACUGCUCAUUUGUAUACAUUAUUUUUAUAUACUGAAGGCCUGUUUAAUUCUAAAGCAGAACUGGUAAUAAAACGUCUCAGAGGAUAA